ACACAGCAAGACUCUCACUGAUAUAAUACAGACCCUGCUCUGUUCUGUUUUGUUCUGUUUCGGACUUUUCCUUACAACACACACUCCCAUUUCCAUGAGUCUCGUGUCUCCUUCUCCACCAUGAUGCUGAAUCCCACCACCCUUUUCCCCUCCCUUCUUUUUCUCCUUCUCUUCACCCGCUUCUACUCUCACUCCCCGCGCAAAACCCUCCCCAAAACCCCCACCUUCGACGACGCCGUUUCCACCUUCCACCGCAUGCUCCAUCUCCACCCUCCGCCCUCCAUCGUUUCCCUCAACAAGCUUCUCUCAUCAAUCAUGAAGACAAAGCACUACCCCACCGUGGUUUCCCUCUGUUCCCACUUAGACUCAAAGGGCACCCCAAAACCCUCCCUCGUCACUCUAAGCAUCUUCAUCAACUCCCUCACCCACUUGGGCCAAAUGGGCCUUGCCUUCUCCGUCAUGGCCAAAAUCGUCAAAAGGGGUUUUGGGGUUGACCCUUUUACCCUCACUACCCUCAUGAAGGGUUUGUGCCUCAAAGGUCGAACCUUUGAGGCACUCAACUUGUAUGACCAUGCUGUGUCCAAAGGGUUCUCCUUUGAUGAGGUUUGUUAUGGGACUUUGAUAAAUGGGUUGUGCAAAAUGGGCAAAACAAGGGAUGCUAUUGAGUUGUUGAGGAAAAUGGAGAAGGGUGGAGUUAGGCCUAAUUUGAUAAUGUACAAUAUGGUUGUUGAUGGUUUGUGCAAGGAGGGACUUGUGACUGAGGCUUGUGGUUUGUGUUCAGAGAUGGUUGGCAAAGGAAUUUGUAUUGAUGUUUUCACUUACAAUUCUUUGAUUCAUGGUUUUUGUGGGGCUGGUCAGUUUCAGGGAGCAGUUAGGUUGUUGAAUGAGAUGGUAAUGAAAGAGGAUGUUCGGCCGGAUGUUUAUACGUUCAAUAUAUUGGUUGAUGCGUUGUGUAAGUUGGGGAUGGUGGCGGAGGCAAGGAAUGUGUUUGGUUUGAUGAUUAAGAGAGGAUUGGAGCCUGAUGUUGUUAGUUGCAAUGCUUUGAUGAAUGGUUGGUGUUUGAGGGGUUGUGUGAGUGAAGCCAAAGAGGUGUUUGAUAGAAUGGUUGAAAGAGGAAAGUUGCCGAAUGUUAUUAGCUAUAGUACAUUGAUUAAUGGGUAUUGUAAGAUUAAAAUGGUGGAUGAGGCCUUGAGGCUGUUGACAGAAAUGCAUCAGAGGAAUUUGGUUCCAGAUACUGUGACUUAUAAUUGUCUUCUGGAUGGUUUGUCGAAAUCAGGGAGAGUUUUGUAUGAGUGGGACCUGGUUGAGGCAAUGCGUGCAAGUGGUCAAGCACCGGAUUUGAUAACUUACAACGUGUUGUUAGAUGAUUAUCUCAAACGUGAGUGUCUUGACAAGGCACUUGCGUUGUUUCAGCACAUUGUUGACACGGGGAUUUCUCCAAACAUACGCACGUACAACAUACUUAUAGAUGGUCUUUGUAAAGGUGGAAGAAUGAAGGCUGCAAAAGAGAUUUUUCAACUUCUUUCUGUGAAAGGCUGUCGUCCAAAUAUCCGGACUUAUAACAUUAUGAUCAAUGGGCUCCGUAGAGAGGGAUUGUUAGAUGAAGCAGAGGCCUUACUUUUGGAAAUGGUGGAUGAUGGUUUCCCUCCUAAUGCUGUAACUUUUGAUCCCUUGGUUCGUGCUCUACUAGAAAAAUAAUAGGAAUUGUUAGGACCAUGGAGUUUCUUCAUGAAACAGUUGAUGGGAAGCUUUGACUCUGGGAAAAUGAUCUGACAAGACAAUCAGGAUUAAAUGGCAUGUGUUUGUUGUCAUCCCAAGAUCCAAGGGUACUCCACAUAUUUCCCUUGACUGCAUAAGUCAGGAAUUGAGUUUCUGCAGCAUUUUGAUAUCCAAGCUAUUGAAAUCUGCUAAAUAAUUGAUCGUCUGAAGGCAGCAGAUGUGUGUUGUUCUUGUGUAAUUCACAAUCUGAUUUGUAGUUCACUUCACUGUCCUCAAAGUUAGGUUCCAAAUCAGGUGUUAUUUGUGUUGUCAGAAGGUGUUGCAAAAAUCAAUCACUAUGGACCUUUUAGUUGGACAAUUGUUAAAUGUAUUCUUUUUAUUGUUAAUAAAUACCCUUUCUUUUU